GCAUUGACCUGCAUAGAACACGUAGUUUGUGACGUGUUAGUAUCAUCGGUCGAUUUCGGUCUAUGCCGGAAUCACUCGGAAUACGAUUUAGGGUCGAUUGUCAAUCUCAUAGAAAUGGCGCGAGAAAGUUGUAACAAGUAAGUUUUGUCAAAAACAAGAGUUUAAUAUCUUAAUAAGGCCAAAAUCGUUUAUCUCGGGUAAUUAAUUUGAAAUAUAUUAUCAAUUAAUCAUAAAAAUAAUAUUAACCCUUUCGAUAUGUAGCAUAACACGAAAUAGUUACUUAGUACAGAUUUAUAGGUUAAGACGACGUGUAAAUGUGUUUCACGAUGUAAUAAACUUCAGCCAGAGAACAUAAUGAAAUGAUUGCAGAAAAGAUCGCUUAAAAAGCUAUGAAACCAGAAGCUUUCUUACAGCACAUUAAUAUUUGGGCUAAUUAUUCUAAUAUUUGGAAUGCGAGACAUAACAAACUCUAUCUGUCUGAAUGAAAUUUGCUGGAAACUGCAUAGAAUUGUGCAUUUGUAACGAUGUCAAAGGCCAAAGUUUCAGCGGAAUGGAAGAAGAGAGUAAAGUCAGAGUACAUGCGUUUACGGCAAAUGAAACGCUAUAAGCGUGCAGAUGAGGUUAAAGUUGCAUGGAAUCAGAAUCGCAAGGUUAUGACAGAUCUUCUUGCGGCUGAACAGAAACGUUGGGCAGAUGGAAAGGCAAUGUGGAUAGCAGUGCAAGAUAUUCCACCUCAUCUUUCUUGUAUGAAGAAAGCUGAAAUUACUAGUCCUGAUGGCGAUGUGCAAAGUUGUCCUGUAAAAAUAAUUAAUGCAGUGACUCCUAUACCAACCAUGUAUACAUGGGCUCCGAUUCAACAAAAUUUUAUGGUGGAAGAUGAAACUGUUUUGCAUAACAUUCCUUACAUGGGUGAUGAGAUUUUGGAUCAAGAUGGCACUUUUAUUGAGGAGCUUAUUAAAAAUUAUGAUGGAAAGGUUCAUGGAGAUAGAGAAUCUGGUUUUAUGGAUGAUUCCAUCUUUGUUGAUUUAGUGAAUGCUCUAACAAAUUAUGAAAAAGAAGAUAAGGAGAGAGAGCAAGUGAAAAAAGGAAAAGAAUUUUUGAAAGAAAAAGAAAAUCAAAAGGAAAAUGAAAAGAAGGACGCUGAAACGAAAUGUGAUGUUAAGGCAGAAGACGGAAAGACGGUCUUUCCGUCAAUGCAUAUAUUUAAUGCAAUAUCAAGCAUGUUCCCUGACAAAGGAAGACCUGAAGAAUUGAAAGAAAAAUAUAUCGAAUUAACGGAAAGAUCUGAUCCGAAUAUUUUACCUCCAGAAUGCACUCCAAAUAUAGAUGGUGUAAACGCUAAAAGUGUACCUAGAGAACAAACAAUGCAUUCUUUUCAUACUUUAUUCUGCAGGAGAUGCUUCAAAUACGACUGCUUCUUACAUCCAGCCAGGGGGACCUCGCCGCAAGGUCUUCAAGUUUGCCAUCCAGGACCGAAUUUACUGAAGCGCAAGGGACCUGAUUUAAAACCAUUUUCGGAGCCAUGUGGAGCAGAGUGUUAUAUGCACAUAGAAGGAAUGAAGGAGAAAUUGGCAGCACAGGCAGCAGAUAUAAAAGAAGAAGAAGGCGAGGAGAAACGUGGCGGCCCUAGAAAAGUACGAAAACAGGCAAGUGUUGAUUCUGGAAAUGAAGCGAGCAGUGAAGACAGCAAUGAUAGCAAUAAAUAUGGUCAAGGAGGCAGUUGUCAAGAUUUUAAACAAAACGUUAACAAGGACUCCAAACCUGAAGAAAUUUUGGAAGACCAAGCACAACCUGAAAACCAAACACCCUUCACGCUAUUAGGAGUUGGCAAACGGAUUAAAACGGAAAGCGAGUUCUCAUGGACAGGUUCGGAACAGAGCUCAUUCCGAGCUCUUCACAAGGCCUUUCCUGGUAAUCCAUGCGCGCUAGCUCAAAUCAUGCUAACGAAAACUUGUCAGGAGGUGUACGCAUUCGCACAAAAGGAAGCUUCAGAUAUUCCGGCUAUAGAGAAUUCGAAGGACUUUACGCCACCACGGAAAAAGAAAAAAAAGCAUCGUCUAUGGUCAAUGCAUUGCAGAAAGAUACAGCUUAAGAAAGACUCUGGUGCUAAUCACGUACAUAACUUUGCACCUUGUGAUCAUCCGGGUCGUCAGUGUGAUAACUCGUGCCCAUGCAUACAGGCGCAAAACUUCUGCGAAAAAUUCUGUCAGUGCAGCAGCGAAUGCCAGAAUCGUUUUCCCGGUUGCAGAUGUAAGGCUCAGUGCAACACGAAGCAAUGUCCGUGUUAUUUAGCUGUGAGAGAGUGUGAUCCGGAUCUUUGCCAAACGUGUGGCGCUGAUCAAUUUCAUAUUACUAAGAUAUCUUGUAAGAAUGUCAGCGUGCAACGUGGUCUUCAUAAACAUUUGCUGAUGGCACCAUCUGAUGUAGCGGGCUGGGGAAUUUUUUUGAAAGAAUCCGCGGCGAAGAAUGAAUUUAUCUCAGAGUAUUGUGGCGAAAUCAUCAGUCAAGAUGAGGCUGACAGAAGAGGAAAAGUAUACGAUAAAUACAUGUGCAGUUUUCUUUUUAAUCUUAAUAAUGAUUUUGUCGUUGACGCAACAAGAAAAGGAAAUAAAAUAAGAUUCGCCAAUCAUUCGAUAAAUCCCAAUUGUUAUGCAAAAGUAAUGAUGGUUAACGGCGAUCACAGAAUAGGUAUUUUUGCUAAGAGAGCAAUUCAACCUGGCGAGGAAUUAUUUUUCGAUUAUAGAUAUGGACCAACGGAGCAACUUAAAUUUGUCGGCAUUGAACGAGAAAUGGAAUUCCUUUAAAAAAUUUUAUAUAGCAACGCAUAUAAAUGUAUAGGACGUUAAACAAGUGCAUAUACAGUCGAAACAUUGGAAACAAAAAUAUCUGACUUAUUUAUGACGUAAUUUAAUAAUACGAUUUCUUAAUUUUUACUUAAGAUUAUACCUUGAUUUGUUUUAUAAAACUGGAAUUAAUAUUUUAGUAUUGUAGUGAUAAUACAGAUUUUUUGUAUGUGUGUAAAAAAAUUUUAAAUAUUUAA